AUGCUCAAGAUACUCCUUUUUUUAAUAGCUAGUGUAGCUUUGAGUACCUGUAGACCAGCUGAGGUGGACCAAACUUCCGUGAAUGACAGCUCAAAGGGCAAUGCCACUCUUGGCAAUCCAUUUGAUCCAGCUCAGCGGCCAGACAUCAGAGUGACUCCCAACGCGCAAUCUAGUAUUAAGGCACCGGCCGCUCAGGUUCUACAUCUCUGGUUUAGCACAGUCACUGCUUGCUGGCUUUCAGGGCGGGAAUCACUGACGAAGUACACCUUUGUGGACACUCUUGUCCCUCAACAUCUCCGGUUUGACAUCGAACCGAGUUACAAAGGUCAAACCAUCGACAUUAUGUACAUAGGUUGGGCUGUCAUGGAUAUGAUCACGUUACAAACCAGCACGGACCUAUCGGACGAAGAUCCCUCUUGGAUUGUCCCCACCUACGAUCUAUAUAUUGGUGAUCUGAAAUUUGGAAGACUGUCUACCAGUAGCGCCGGAGCUCUCGACAUACCUCAGAACAUGACAUCAGCAACGAACGGCACUGGACUUGCCUCGCAGCUGGGCGGCAAUAGAAAACCCGACUUGGAUGCCUCCUCUAACCUAUUCAAUGGAGGCAAUCUGACUGACAAUUCGAAUCCUGAGCUAUCUAUAUUUAACCGCAUCAUAGAGACUAAAGAAGGACAUAUAGGAAUCGGACCGAUACUCAAUCUAGCCAGUCAAGCCCUUCAGUCUCAUGUUUGGAAGAAUCCACCAUUGGAAAGAAUUUCUGCUAGGCUUCCACAUAAAGUCGACGUUGUAACAGUCGAGACGGCCGAAGGUCAACGGCUGCUCAUAAAAUUUGACCCCGAAACCUUCAAGAUUGGCGACUACGAUAUUAUUUGGUGGAUGGUAGGAUCGGCACUGAUAUCAUCGAUCUCACGCUUUGCUCGAGGCAACAAAGACCUCAGACCGUUUUUGCAGGAUAAUUUCCUUGUUGUCGACGGACGUGUGCAAGACGACUUCUUUCUGAGAUUAGCAUUUAUUGAUGAACAACACAAUGAGGAGACUAUGCCUUUGAUUGGAGGACAAAUCGCGAAUACUACCGCCGCCUCCUGA